UAAAAAUUGAGUACUUUUAUGGAAUUUUUUCUUCUUCUGGUCCAACUGUUGUAUUGAUUGUGUUAGAUGGUGUUAGACUUGUUGAUGGCGGAGUGAUGUCAUUUGGAUAUGGCUAUGUUUCUGUAUGAAAUUACGAGGAAGUUAGAUUAUGGUGAAGUUGCUAUUCUAAAUUUGGCUCAGUGUAACUUCAUCCAAUUCUGACCUCUGGAGAAUAAUUUGCGGCUGAACAGCUUAGUUUUGGAUCAGAAAUUUGGGUACAGAAUAGAAUAGAAUUGCAGGGAUGAACUCGAGUGAACCGAGCACUGCACCCCAAGCCGAACGGUGGUACAAUCUAACCCUAGGCUCCUCCUUCAGUGAUCACAAUCCAUCAAAAUUUUGCACUUUUCGCUACGAGUUCAAGCCAGCAUCCAUCGAUAAGAAUCAGCGAGGCACCCUGCACAAGAGAAAGGAUAAUAAGGUCUCUGUGGAGUUUCAAAAUAUACAACCUGGGAGGCCUAAGGUAACCUUCGAGGGCACUAGUGAGGAUUGCAAGGAUAAUGAUGCUGUUCUGUUCUUUGAUGGCGAGUCUUUCCGGUUGGAGAGGUUGCACCGUGCUGUCAAGCGAUUGAGGCAUAAUCGGAUAAUGGGUGAAUCUGCAGGGUCAGGGUCAGGGCCAGGGGUUGCAUCAGUUGGAAUGGCUGAUGCAAGUCUGCCACCAAUUGCAAAAGGGAUUAAGCAUAAGCCUUUGAACAAGGAGUCAUUUCCUGCUCUGUCUGUUGAAGUUGAACGAAUUGAGAUUGGAGAUUUCAGAAGCUUGGAUGCAAGACCUAUACCGGAAAAGACUGCUGAAGCGCAGCCAAGCCCGGACGAAGAAGAUCUGGAUAUAAUGAAUGCAGACGAAGAUGAUGGAGGCACAAUUGAAGUAAAAGAGCUUGAUUUCGACAUCAACAUACCACAUCAAACUGACACAGAUGAGGAGAUUGCUGAUUUUGACGACGACGAAGCUGAUAAGGGACCUAAUGCUGCAGAAGCCCUGAGAGCGCAGGUUAAGGCGCAAGAAGGAGAAGGGCAGACUUCGACCUCGACCUCGAGCUCCAGUAGCAGCGGCAGCGACAGUGAGAGCAGUGAUGCUGAUUCUGUUACCUCCUUCUGAAAACCCCAUAACUUGGGAUUUCCAUACACAAAUCAACUUAUUAUUCUUUUCCAAAUUAGUCACGGGGAAUUGUUUAUUAAUUUUACAAUGCAUCUAUCUAGCGGUCCAGCACCACCCACAAAUUAGAUCAAUAGGGAAUUUAUUUAAUUUUUAAAAAAUAAAAUAGGAUUUAUUAUUUUAAGGUUAUUAGCUCUAAUUUAAUACACCAAUUUUGGGUAGUUUGAUUUUGCACAUGAACUUUGAAAGAUGUAAAAAAAUACAUGAGCUUUAAUAUUGUAUCAAUUUUAUCACUGAUUCAAAUUC